ACUAAACCUCCUCGGUAGGUAACAAGAUGGAGAUCGUGUAUUGGCUGGCGUUCGCAGCCACAGCGGUGAUAGCCGCGGCGGCGAGUUGGGUCGGAUGGUCGUUAGCAUGGUUAUGUUUCCAGCCGCGGCGUUUGGAACGCAAGCUGAGGGCGCAGGGGCUUCGGGGAAGCAGGUAUCGUUUACCCUUCGGUGAUAUCAAGGAUAUUGGGAAUCUCGUCGGAGAGGCUCGCCGGAAACCUCAGCCGCUUUCUCACCGGAUAGUUGAUCGAGUCGAUCCCCAUUUAGCUCGCUUUGUGGAUAUUUAUGGAGGUAAGAACAAGGCGGCAUUUUUUUGGUUUGGGCCUUAUCGCCCUCAUCCCAGGGUGAUCAUCAUGGAUCCUGAGCUUGUAAAGAGCAUUCUAUCUACUAAAUUUGGCCAAUUUGAGAAGGUAAAACCAACCGCAAUUUCAAGGCAACUUUUUGUGGGCCUUGCUGUUUGUGAAGGCGAGAAAUGGGUCAAACGCAGGAGAAUCGUCAGCCCUGCCUUCCAUGUUGAAAAGUUGAAGAUAAUGAUGCCAGCAUUUUCUGCUUGUUGUGAUGAGCUGAUAAGUCGAUGGGAGGACUUGGCUGAUAAUGUGGGUGUGUUUGAGACAAAUGUUUGGUCUGAAUUUCAGAAGCUUUCGGGAGACAUCAUCUCCCGUUCGGCAUUUGGUAGCAGCUAUAAUGUGGGACGACGCAUUUUUGAACUGCUGCGAGAGCAAAUGGAGCUUGUGAUGCAGGCUUCUCGGAAUUUGUAUAUCCCUGGUUUUAGAUUUAUACCCACCCAAAAGAACAAGCGAAGGAGCAAAAUCCACAAGGAGAUUGUUGCAUUACUUAAAAUCAUGAUUGAACAGAGAGAACAUGUGAUAAAAAAAGGUGAAGUUGUUCCUAAUGACUUGUUGGGCUUGUUGAUGGAAUCAAACCAAAGGCAUGAUCAAGAAGGAGAUCACCUCCAAGAUGUUAAUCUAACCACAAAUGACGUGAUUGAGGAGUGCAAGCUAUUUUACUUUGCUGGUCAGGAGACAACAUCAGUUCUUCUUACAUGGACCAUGAUUUUACUCAGCAUGCAUCCAUACUGGCAGGAUCAGGCAAGAGAAGAGGUUUUGCAGGUGUUUGGCCAAAACAAACCUACCUUUGAGGAAUUAAACCGAUUAAGGAUUCUGACUAUGAUUCUCUAUGAGGUUCUAAGAUUAUAUCCACCUGGAGUCACACUUCUUCGACAAACUUACAAAGAAGUAAAGUUGGGAGAGUUUACUUUUCCUCCAGAAGUGCAACUUGUGUUGCCUAUCCUCCUCCUCCAUCAUAGCAAGGAGUUUUGGGGUGAGGAUGCUGAAGAAUUCAACCCUGAUAGAUUUUCUGAAGGAGUUUCAAAUGCAACAAAGAACCAACUCAUCUUUUUUCCAUUUGGUUGGGGUCCUCGAAUCUGCAUCGGCCAGAGCUUUGCACUUAUAGAAGCAAAAAUGGCCUUGGCGAGAAUUCUGCAACGCUUUUCAGCUGAAUUGUCACCAUCUUAUACCCAUGCUCCUCACACUAUUUUAACUCUUUGCCCUCAACAUGGUGCUCAAGUUAUCUUACUCAAACUUCCUCCACUAUAAAUAUCAUGGCUCAAGUCCUAUAAACUUUAUGUACUAUUACUAUCUUCUUCUUUUCUCUUUAUCGACUAUUUUUCAACUCUAGUU